AUGCCACUCCAACCAAAGAAAUUUAGAUUUAAUGCAAAGAACUUUUUUCUUACAUAUCUUCGAUGUUCUCUGACAAAGGAAAUUGCGCUACAGCAAUUAUUGGCUGUAUCCCUUCCAAAUAACAGAAAAUUCAUAUGUGUUGCCAGGGAAUUACAUGAUGAUGGCUGUCCACACCUACAUGUUUUAAUACAGCUUGAAGGUGGAGCUCAGUUAACUAAUCCAAGAUUAUUUGAUCUUCGUUCCAGUGUUGCGUCUACCUCAUUCCAUCCAAACAUACAAUGUGCAAAAUCUAGCUCGGAUGUAAAGGCAUAUAUAGAAAAAGGGGGUGAUUACAUCGACUGGGGUGAGUUUCAGGUUGACAGCAGAUCUUCCAGGAAUAGAAGACAUGAUUUAUCUUCUUUUUAUGCUAAUUCUUUGAAUUCUGAAACUCCAGACAGGGCUUUAGAAAUUAUUAGAGAGAAGGAUCCCAGGGCUUUUGUUUUACAGUAUCACAAUCUUAAAUCCAAUGUUGAACAUAUAUUUGCCAGACCUUUGGAUCCUUACAUUUCUUAUUGGGCUUAUUCAAUGUUCACAAUUACAUCACGUAUGCAAGCAUGGCUUGAGCAUAAUCUUUAG